UCGAGGGAAGAAAGUGCACGGACGACCACUCGCUCCCCUUGCCGUUUCGUCGUCGGACCCCAGUAUCUCCCCAAAACCCCCAAAUUUCGUUGUAUUGCCUCGCCGUUUCCCUCACGACGGAGAACUCGACGGACCACUGUCCACUCGCCUCGCCGUUUCAUCGUCGCCGGUUUGCUUCGUCACUGAAUCAGUGAUUCCCAAAACCAAGCCAGGAUGCAUGUAGGAGUAGUUUUCAGCCCUAAAUAAGUAGUCAAUCACAAAUGAGAAGCAGCCCAAACCUUUGAACCGAGCACAUCAACAGCUCCCUCCCCCAACUACGGCGACUCCAGCAACAACGAUAAGAACAGUUGAUUGGUUGAUUAAAUUUAGAUGUUUGGAAGGCCACCUACUGCUGCUGCUGCUACUACUACAAGGUUGGUUUAUUGUUGGGGUGCGAAAUUGAUAAAAAACUCACAUGCUCACCCUAUUGGUAGAACUCAAUUUGUUAGGCUCAAGUCGGCGGUUUCAGCCAUUGCUUCCGAGUUAAGGAGGCCUCCUCCUUACUACUUGCCUGGCUUAGUUGCUUCUGACGAAGACGAAGAUAUAAUUUGUACCCAUAAAAACAGCGGCAAUGGCGUGGGUAACGCUUUGGGGCAAUUGGAUACUUGCAAGGUUGUUGAAAUCUUGAACAGUUUGAGAGAAGAACCAUGCCAUGCACUCUCAUUCUUUGACCAGCUCAAGGAACAAGGUUUUGUGCACAAUGUUAGCACUUACAUGGCCAUUAUUAGGAUAUUGUGUUAUUGGGGUAUGGAUACAAGGUUGGAUUCUAUCUUAUUGGGGGUUAUCAAAUCCAACGACAAACAUUUGAGUUUCAAAGUUUCUGAUUUAUUUGAAGCACUAAUCGAGUGGAUUGAAGCAAAGGGCCCGGAGUCGUUGAUACGGGCGUUUGAUGCAUUGGUAAAGGCUUACGUUAGCAUUGGCAACUUCGAUGAAGCCAUUGAUACUUUGUUUCAGACGAAGAGGCGUGGUUUAAUUCCUAACAUAAUGACCUGUAACUUUCUUUUGAAUCGUUUGAUUGAGAGCAGAAAAAAUGAUAUGGCUGUGGCUGUCUUUCGGCAAUUCAAGCGGCUUGGUUUGAGCCCCAAUGACUAUAGCUACUGCAUUGUGAUUAAGGCACUCUGCAGAAAAGGUAGUUUGGAAGAGGCUGCUGACAUUUUUCAAGAGAUGGAGGAAGCUGGUUUGACCCCAAAUGCCUUCACGUAUACAACCUAUAUUGAGGGGCUCUGCUCGCAAGCAAGGUCAGACUUGGGUUAUGAAGUGCUCAAAGCAUGGAGAGAGCAAAAUAUUCCAAUUGAUGUGUUUACUUAUUUGGUAGUUAUUCGUGGAUUUGUUAACGAGUCGAAGUUAAAAGAAGCUGAGUGUGUGUUGCUUGAUAUGGAUGAACAUGGUGUGGUUCCAGAUGCAUACUGUUAUGGUUCCUUAAUCCGUGGGUAUUGUAAGAUUGGGCAUAUACUUAAAGCUUUGGCACUUCAUAAUGAAAUGGCAGCAAAGUGUAUCAAAACCAAUUGCGUGAUUGUUGGUGUGAUUCUUCAAUGCUUGUGCCAAAUGGGCAUGGCUGAUGAGGCAGUGGACCAGUUCAACAACUUCAAGGAGUUAGGGAUAUUCCUUGAUGAGGUGGCAUACAAUAUCGUAGUUAAUGCAUUAUGCAAACUGGGAAAAUUAGAAGCAGCAGUCGAGUUGCUUGAUGAGAUGAAGGGUAAGAAGAUGAGUUUGGAUGUUGUGCACUAUACUACUUUAAUUGGUGGAUACUGUCUUCAAGGAAAACUUGUUGAUGCCUUGAAACUAUUUGAGGAAAUAAGGCAAAAAGGUUUGAAACCUGACAUAGUUACUUACAAUGUACUGGCUCGUGGGCUUUCGAGAAAUGGCCUUGCACAAGAGGCCUUAAAUCUUUUGGAUUACAUGGAGGGACAAGGAUUGAAAGCAAGCAUUGUUACCCAUAAAAUGAUCAUUGAGGGCUUAUGCACAGGAGGGAAGGUCAAGGAAGCUGAAAUGUUUUUUAAUGGUUUGGAAGAAAAGUGUCUAGGCCAUUGUGAUGCCAUGGUCAAUGGCUACUGUGAAGCAGGCAAUACAAGAGAGGCUUAUGAACUCUUCGUUAAGCUGCCCAAGCAAGGUUUUUCAUUGAGUAGGAGUUCGUGCUUAAAACUUCUAAGUAACCUUUGUAUAGAAGGUGAGAAUGAUAAGGCUCUUGCACUAUUUGAGGCAGUUCUGGCUUCAGAUGAUGCCCCUUGUAAAAUAAUGUACAGCAAACUCAUAGCUGCUUUUUGUAGCUCUGGAGAUAUGAGAAAGGCCCAGUGGGUGUUUGAUACAAUGGUUCGAACUGGGAUAACUCUUGAUGUUAUUAACUACACCAUGAUGAUAAAUGGUUAUUGUAGGGUUAAUUGCAUGCGGGAAGCUUGUGAAGUUCUCAAGGAUAUGAAGGCGAGGGGUAUUGAACCAGAUGUUAUCACUUACACAGUUUUAAUUGAUGGGCAUUCUAAAGAAAAAAUGAAGAAGGACCGCUGCCUUCCAAAUGCAGAAGGGAGCAAAGGAGAACAGAAUGAGGUUGCCACUUUGUGGAGUGAAAUGAAAGAGAUUGAACAAAAACCUGAUGUUAUUUCGUAUACGGUUUUGAUUGAUUGUCAUUGUAAAUCAGACAACCUUGAGGAUGCUGCAGUCCUUUUUGAUGAAAUGAUUGAUAGAGGUCUAGAACCGGACAAUGUGACGUACACAGCUCUCCUACGUGGCUAUUGUCGUCGGGGAUAUGCGGAUAGGGCUGUAACCCUUCUUAAUGACAUGAUAUCUAGGGGGAUUCAGCCGGAUUCCCAUACCAUGUCAGCGUUGCACCAUGGAAUAUUACAGGCCAAGAAGGUGCAGUUUUGUCACUGAGGACUGAGAAAAACUUUGGCUAGACAAAUCAGUACCAUGGCAGUGUUGUAACAUUGCAUGUUAAAGGCCAAGAAAGUGCAGCUUUGGCAUGAAGGACCG